AUGGAUUUUCUGUGGAUGCGAGGCAACCAGGAGAGCACGUACCACAUCCAGCGCCACAUGUUCCAGAUUAGGUUAAGUGGAUAUAAUGGGUCUAUGACAGGGGACCAGGGCAGACGUCAGCAGCGUGGAUACGAACCCCUUCCGCCCAACCCGUGGAACCUUUGCUUUCAUCACCUACCUACGCUACUCCGUACAUGUAGCAUUUACCUAUCUAUUUGCUUACCUUGGCAGUUCACCUCUCCAAGCUCCUAUCCAAUUCAAGACCUACGCCGCAGAUACUCUACCGCCUUCUCUCCGCCUCUGAGAAAGCAGCCAUACCCAGCCAGAACGGACACGGCAACGUCUAGUGCGCCCUCCCCCAGUUGCUCGGGAGACACGCCGUUGGAAGUCUUCACCCGUUCCCAGCAGCGCGGUAGCGACCUUGUCCAUUGCCGACAGGCAACGGAACCAUCAAAUGACCAGCCAACGUCGUAUCGCAGCAUCCCAGCCUGUCAGCCUUAA